GCCGAACUGAACUUUCACAACAGUCUUCACCAUCCCACUUUCAAAAGCAGAAACCAAAAAUCAAACAUAAAUUAUAAAAUAGGAGAGAGAGAGAGAGAAAUUGAAAGUAACAGCCAACAAAAACCAUCUUCUCCCCAAGAGAGUGAACACCCUGCUGUUCCUCCACCACCGGACACCACUCCCACCAUCUCUCCCCUCUUAACCUUCGCUCCCCACUCCCUUAUUCUGCGCACUCCCCUACUGUCUCUCACAGACUAGUACCUUUUCAUUUCCAUUUAAGAAUCUCAACGGAUUUCUCUCCUCUCUCUUAAAUUUAAAUAAAUCGACGCGGUGUGGGGUUUUGAAGGGUCUAGGGUUAGGGUUUCUGAGAGAUGUGGGAUGCUCGGAGCUUUGAUGAAUCUCCUCUCUGUGUGCUGGAAGCCGUUCGGCACCAGAAACCCUAACAGCUCCGAGUCCGGUUUUGGUUGGGAAGGCAGGGACGGUCUGCUCCGGUUCCGGGACAUCGGCCGCUAUGGCUCCGGGGAGUUCUCCAUGGCUGUCGUGCAGGCCAACCAGGUGCUCGAAGACCAGAGCCAGAUCGAGUCCGGUCCCUUCGGCACUUUCGUUGGUGUCUACGAUGGCCACGGCGGCCCUGAGGCCUCGCGCUACGUCUGCGAUAAUCUGUUCCGGCAUUUUCAAGCAAUAUCAGCUGAGUCCCAGGGUGUUGUGACGACUGAGACCAUUGAAAGAGCUUUUUUGCAAACAGAAGAAGGGUUUAAUGCUCUUGUGUCAGAAUUGUGGAGCACUCGACCCAAUUUAGCCGCAGUUGGGUCGUGCUGUCUGGUUGGAGUAAUUUUUCAGCAGACACUCUUUGUGGCAAAUCUUGGAGAUUCUCGCGUGGUGUUGGGCAAGAAAGUUGGCAGCACAGGGGGAAUUGCUGCCAUACAGUUGUCAAAGGAACAUAAUGCAAAUAUGGCAGAAGUCAGGCAGGAACUUAAAGAAUUACACCCAAAUGAUCCUCAAAUUGUUGUUCUCAAGCAUGGAGUUUGGAGAGUUAAAGGCAUAAUUCAGGUUUCUAAAUCUAUAGGAGACGUAUAUAUGAAACAUGCACAGUAUAACAGGGAACCACUUAAUGGGAAAUUCAGACUUUCUGAACCAAUGAACAUGCCUAUCUUGACUGCUAAUCCAUCUAUUAUUUCUCAUCCACUCCAACAAAACGAUUCUUUCCUUAUAUUUGCAUCUGAUGGUCUAUGGGAACACUUGAGUAAUGAAAAAGCUGUGGAUAUUGUCCACAGCCAUCCGCGAGCAGGAAGUGCCAAAAGGCUUGUCAAGGCUGCCCUUCAGGAGGCAGCAAGAAAAAGAGAGAUGCGAUACUCGGAUCUUCGUAAAAUUGACAAGAAGGUCCGACGCCAUUUUCACGACGAUAUAACUGUUAUUGUUUUGUUCUUAAACCAUGAUCUUGUGUCCCGAGGCUCAAUCCAGGACGCUCCUCUCUCGAUCCGAAGUGCUCUGGAACACUGAUAAUAUGAAAGCAGACAUACUUUCUGUUCCCUCCUAUUUUUGGCAGAUGCCUACGGAAACCAUACUAGUUAUCACUUCCCUGAGAUACUGUGAUGCAUGGUCAGAGAGCAGCAUUGCAAAAGCAGUUUGGCUGCUUGGAUACUGAUUACCAAACCCAUUUACAUGAAGAGGCUUAAAAUCUGUAACUUGAUUUAAUGUUGUUGGUGUUAGAAGGUAGCAUUGAUUUCCUAUGUAAUACCUUGAGAAUAUAUAUAAAUAUGCUUGUUUUACA